AUGACGAAACGAGAAUUCGAGGAAACUUUAUUCAUGUGCUGCGGCUAUAGACGUUUGCUCGAUGCCUGUUCUUGUACGCCACAAGGUGCAGGCGCUGGUGUAGGAGUUCCCCCUGUUCCAGGAAACGCUGGGCAACAAAGAUUUGUGCACAGACCCAUCGUACCUGUCGAUAACUGCCAUGAUCGUGAUCCAGCAGCUUGCUUUGAAAUAUUCAAAUACGAUGCUGGGGAUGCGCAGGUACCAGCAGAAAAUCUUGUGUCGUAA